CCCGAAGAUGCCCGAAGCCGUCGGGACGGACCCGAGUACCCCACGCAAGAUGGCGGAGCUGGAGGAGGUGACUCUGGACGGGAAGCCUCUCCAGGCGCUGCGGGUGACCGACCUGAAGGCCGCCCUGGAGCAGCGCGGCCUAGCCAAGAGCGGGCAGAAGAGCGCCCUGGUCAAGCGGCUCAAAGGGGCUCUAAUGCUAGAAAAUUUACAGAAACAUUCGACACCCCAUGCCGCAUUCCAGCCAAAUUCCCAGAUUGGGGAGGAAAUGAGCAAGAACAGUUUCAUAAAGCAGUAUCUGGAGAAGCAGCAGGAGCUGCUUAGACAGCGUCUAGAACGUGAAGCUCGAGAAGCUGCAGAACUUGAAGAAGCUUCAGCUGAGUCGGAGGACGAGAUGAUCCAGCCUGAGGGAGUGGCUUCCCUGCUGCCUCCUGACUUUCAGAGCAGCCUGGAGAGACCAGAGCUGGAGCUCAGCAGACAUUCGCCCAGAAACAGCUCCUCUUUUUCUGAAGAGAAAGGUGAAUCUGAUGAUGAGAAACCAAGGAGAGGAGAAAGACGAUCAUCCAGGGUCAGACAGGCAAGAGCAGCUAAACUCUCUGAGUGCAGCCAGGCUGCUGAAGAAGAAGAGGAUCAAGAAACACCUUCUAGAAAUCUGAGGAUCAGAGCAGAUAGAAAUUUGAAAAGAGAGGAGGAGGAAGAAGAUGAUGAAGAGGAAGAAGAUGAUGAAGAGGAAGAAGAUGAUGAAGGACAAAAAUCUAGGGAGGCACCAGACCUGAAACAGUUUGAAGAAGGAGGAGGGAAAGAGAUGACCAGAGAAAAACCAGAAGAGAUAAUGGAUGAGAACCCUAACAUAAGAUCCCAAGAACAGCAGGAGGGUUUGGAGAGCAGAGGGCGAGUUACAAGAUCUCAGGAAGAAGGGAGAAGAAGUCAUCUGGCCAGAAAGCAGCAAGAGAAAGAAAUGCAAAUGGUUCCUCCCCUUGAGGAAGAUAAAAGAGAAGUAAAAUCUUCACAGGGCUUGGUAGAGAAGUCCCAGUCUCCUUCCCCUCCUCAACUGACUGAAGAUCUAGAGAAGGCCCCUCUUGUGGGACAGCCAGAGCAGACAGCCAGUGAGGAGGAGACUCCUCCUCCUUUACUUACCAAGGAAGCGUCUUCUCCACCACCUCCCGUGCAGCUCCAGAGUGGGGAAGACACUGAGCCCACAGAGGGUCCAGCACCCCCUGUUCUCAUUCAGUUGUCCCCUCCUAAUACAGAUGGUGAGAGCAGAGAGCUGUUGGUAGCUCAGCACACUGUUCAGUUGGUGGGGGGCCUGUCUCCUUUGUCAAGUCCUGCAGACACCAAAGCAGAAUCUCCAGCAGAGAAAGUGUCAGAGGAUAGUGUCUUGCCUCUAGUUCAGAAAACCAUACCAGCUAAAUAUUCAGCCCAGAGGGUUCUUGAAUCUGAGUCAGAAAAAUCUGCUCGGCCACUCCCUCUAACAGUGGAGGAAGUAGCCUCGGCCAAAGAGAUGACUGCGGAGUCCCAGCAGCAGCAGUCUUUGGAACAGAAGGAGAGCACAAGGGCUUCUCAUACUCUUGUCCCAAGCCACAGAUUGAAGCGGUCAGCCGAAUCAUCCUCUAGCCGGUCCUCCUCCUCGUCAUCUUCCAGUUCUAGAUCCAGAUCUCGCUCUCCUGACAGUUCAGGCUCUCAGUCUCACUCUUCUCCAAGAUCCAAGCAGAGAGGUGUAUCCCAGACACAAAUUCAGGCCAACCCUUGUGGUCAACUUAAGACAGGCUCAAGGUCAACCUCAGCAUCCAGGUCCCAUUCCCGCUCCCGUUCAGCAUCAAGCAGCAGCAGAAAAUCUCUGAGCCCUGGAGUCUCCAGGGACAGCAGCACCAGCUACACUGAAACCAAAGAUCCCUCUUCUGUUCAAGAGGCUGCAGCUCCACCAGUGCCACAGUUGCAGAUUCUUGAACCAAAGGAGAGGCCUUCCACCUCCUCCUCGUCUUCUGUCUUAAUGAGGCGUCUGAGCCAGCCUGAACAAGCUGGAAAACAUAUGAGCCAGAGGUUACAGCCUGAGCAGGGCAGCUCCGAGAAGUGUGCAGCUGAAGAGGCAGAGCCACCAGCUGCCACCCAGCCUCAGACCUCUAAUGUACCAGAGUCAGAAAGGGUUCCUCACACUGUUGAGGAGAAGGAGGAAGUGACCAUGGACACAAGUGAAAACAGACCUGAAAACGAGGUUCCAGGGCCUCCAGUGCCUAUUGCAGACCAAGUCAGCAGUGAUGACCGCCCUGAGAGCAGUGCUGAAGAUGAGAAGAAAGAGAGUUUGCUGCCCAAAUCAUUCAAGAGGAAGAUCUCCGUUGUCUCAGCUACCAAGGGGGUGCCAGCUGGAAACAGUGACACAGAGGGUGGUCAACCAGGUCGAAAGCGACGUUGGGGAGCCAGCACAGCCACUACUCAGAAGAAACCCUCCAUCAGCAUCACCACCGAAUCCCUCAAGAGCCUCAUCCCCGACAUCAAACCCCUGGCGGGGCAGGAGGCUGUUGUGGAUCUUCAUGCUGAUGACUCCCGCAUCUCUGAGGAUGAGACAGAGCGUAAUGGCGACGAUGGGACCCAUGACAAGGGACUGAAAAUAUGCCGGACGGUCACUCAGGUGGUACCUGCAGAGGGCCAGGAGAAUGGACAGAGGGAAGAAGAAGGAGAGAAGGAGCCUGAAGCAGAACCCCCUGUCCCCCCCCAGGCGUCAGUAGAGGGGGCUUUGCCCCCACCUGUGGAGCAUGAAGUGAAGAAAGUCACUUUAGGAGACACCUUAACUCGGCGGUCCAUUAGCCAGCAGAAGUCUGGAGUUUCCAUUACAAUUGACGACCCAGUCCGAACUGCCCAGGUGCCCUCCCCACCCAGGGGAAAGAUCAGUAACAUUGUCCAUAUCUCCAAUUUGGUCCGCCCCUUCACUCUAGGCCAACUGAAGGAGUUGUUGGGGCGUACGGGAACCUUGGUGGAAGAGGCCUUCUGGAUCGACAAGAUCAAAUCGCAUUGCUUUGUAACGUAUUCAACUGUAGAGGAAGCCGUAGCCACCCGCACAGCUCUGCAUGGGGUCAAAUGGCCCCAAUCCAAUCCUAAAUUCCUUUGUGCUGACUAUGCUGAGCAAGAUGAGCUGGACUAUCACCGGGGCCUCUUGGUGGACCGUCCCUCGGAAGCCAAGGCUGAGGAACAGGGUAUGCCACGACCCCUGCACCCACCACCACCACCCCCAGUGCAGCCACCCCCCCAUCCCCGAGCAGAGCAGCGCGAGCAGGAGCGGGCCGUGCGAGAGCAGUGGGCAGAGCGAGAGCGGGAGAUGGAGCGGCGGGAGCGGACUCGAUCGGAGCGGGAAUGGGAUCGUGACAAAGUUCGCGAAGGGCCUCGGUCCAGAUCACGGUCCCGGGACCGCCGCCGCAAGGAGCGUGCAAAAUCUAAAGAGAAGAAGAGUGAGAAAAAAGAGAAAACCCAGGAAGAGCCACCUGCUAAGUUACUGGAUGACCUUUUCCGUAAGACUAAGGCAGCUCCGUGCAUCUAUUGGCUCCCAUUGACAGACAGCCAGAUCGUUCAGAAGGAGGCGGAGCGGGCCGAGCGGGCCAAGGAGCGCGAGAAGCGGCGGAAGGAGCAGGAGGAGGAGGAGCAGAAGGAGCGCGAGAAGGAGGCCGAGCGCGAGCGGAACCGACAGCUGGAACGGGAGAAGCGGCGCGAGCACAGCCGGGAGCGGGAGCGGGACCGGGAGCGGGAGCGGGACCGGGGGGAGCGGGAGCGGGACCGGGAGAGAGAGCGGGAGCGAGGCCGGGAGCGGGACAGGGACCGCAGAGAAACGAAGCGCCACAGCCGGAGCCGGAGUCGAAGCACGCCGGUGCGGGACCGCGGCGGGCGCCGCUAGCCGCGGAGCGCGGGCGCGGCCCGGGGGCGGGGGGGGGG